AUGGGGCAAAAAGUUGGCAGGUCGCGCUGCCCCUCCGCGCCGCCCGACGGGGACGACGGGGAGGACAUGGUCAUCGACCCGCUGCCGCUCAGCGCCUCCGUAUCCCCCGAGGCGGCGGCCGCCGCUGCGCGACCCAAGCUGGCCCCGCGCCCUGGCCCCGACGCGCGUCUUUCUGCUCCGCCGCGGCCGUCGCCGCCAGAGGAGGAGGGCGCGGCGGCCGCCGUGAUGGACGUGUCUGUUCCAGCUCCGCCGCUGCAGUGCACCCCGUUGAACGACCACCAGAGACUAUACCACCAAACGCUGGUGUGGCGCGUGCACCUGCAGCAGCAAGAACUCCAGCGCUCCGUCGCGGAACUCACGCAGAUGCAAACCAUCUUGGGCGGCCCGGUGCCGAUCCAGACGGUCGCCGAGCAGGCCGCCUCUGUCCUGGUGCCGCUGCACAGUGCCCCAAAUCCAGGCUGGGGCCAGGCUGCCCACCUGGUGCCCCCGCCCCCCGGGCAGCCGCCGCCGCCCGCGCCGCCCGGGCAGUCGCCGCCGCCGCCGCCCGCCGAGCCGCCCGCCCCGCCACCGGCCAUCGGCUCCAAGAGCAGGGGUUCCGCUUGCGUGCCGGGGCCUGUGCUCGCGGCGCCAGUGUCGAAGAGCGCGUGCGCCGCGGCGCAGAGGCAGCUGCAGCAGCAUGACAUGGCCACCGAGCACGCGGACCAGACGCGCUCGCUCGUCGAGGCGCUUCAGGCCGGGCUGCCGCGGCCGCCGCCGCCCAGGCCGGGGGGCCCAGCCCGGAGCAGCCCGCCGCCCCCGAGGCCGUCGGCCGCCCCGGCUCAGCCGUGCGUGCCGGCGAGGGAAGCGCCGGAAGGCGCGCCCUCGGAGGCGGCGCCGCCCUGGAAGAAGGCCCGCACGGGUAGCCCCUCGGUGGAGGCGGCCGCAGGCCCCGCGAGGGCUGGCCUCGCCACGGCGGGCGCCGCCUGCAGCCGGUGCCUACGGAGGCUGCCCUCGCACGGCGGCAUGUUCUGCGGCCGGCCGGAGGGCGCCGGGAGCGCGGUGGCCGUGGGCUGCGGGGCCGCCAUCUGCUGGCGCUGCAUGCGGCGGGCGCCGAGGGAGCAGCUCGGCGCAAUACGGGCCAGCAAGCCAGAGAUGGAAGCAUUGGGCGCGGCCGCUUGGUGGAUGCACGAGGGCUGCAUGAGGCUGAUGAAUGCGGUAGGAGAUCGCAUUGGUGCAAUCGGGCCGAGGCUUCAAGACCGUGCCGCCUUCCACGCUGCGAUGAUUGAUAGGUGCCAUGGUCUAUGACGCCUCCAGCGGCGACGCUUGGGAAGCUCAAGGCACUGCGAACCUGGUCCGAGAGUUGGCACCAGGCGCAGUGGAAAGCAGAUUGUGAGACACCCCCUUGGUCCUCAGCUGCCCGCCUUCGCCUGCUCGUCGUUCUCUUCUUCAUCACCCUCCUCUGGCGCCUGCUCCCCGCGCGUCUCCUCCUCCCGCUUUUCUUCCCGUGCCCCUCCUCCGCCUCGCCUCUUCGCCCUUCGCCC